CCGUGACAGUCUUUACCUGCUACUCGUGGAAAAAUAAUGAAGUGAUCGUUUGUUUCCAUCUAUAAAAAGCUUCAUCUGCCAUGCAAAGUUCCUCAAUAUUCUCCAAAGCAAUAGCAAACAAGAAGUUAAUCACUUCUGCUAUAUCAUAAUGAAAGGAAUUCAUUCCAUUCUUAUAGCUUUCAGCCUCUUGGCUUUGGCUUGCUCAUUGGCCUCGGCGUAUGAUCCCAGUCCUCUCCAGGAUUUCUGUGUUGCUGUCAAGGACAUAAAAAAUGGCGUGUUUGUAAACGGUAAAUUCUGCAAAGACCCGAAGCUUGCAGUUGCAGAAGAUUUAUUUUUUUCAGGCCUAAACAAGCAGGGGAACACAGCUAAUCCAGUUGGAUCAAAUGUCACUGUGGUCAAUGUUGAUGCAUUUCCAGGACUUAACACUCUCGGCUUAUCUCUGGCUCGAGUCGACUUUGCGCCUCAUGGCGUUAACCCUCCUCACUUUCACCCUCGAGGAUCUGAGUUUUUACUUCUUGUCGAAGGCACACUUUAUGUCGCCAUAGUUACAUCAAACCCGGACAACCGUCUCUUCACGAAAAUAUUAAACCCCGGAGAUGUUUUUGUUUUCCCAUUGGGUAUGAUUCAUUUCCAGUUCAACAUAGGGAAAACUGCGGCGGUCGCCUUUGUUGGUUUCAACAGCCAAAAUUUUGGGCGAUUUGACGUAACACCCUAUCAGUUUAGUAUGCCUGAACUAACACCGUUUGAUCAAUAUUUCCCGAAGUAACACCCUUUCAGCUGAGUUGGCACAAAGGCGCAUCCCUGGAGACGCGCUUUCACGGGGUUUCAGCUGAGUCGG